UGGGUAAUGAGUCAAUAUGGCGGAAUUAGAGCGAGAAGUUGCCAACCGAUAACACCUUGUAUUAUUGCAGCAUGCUUUCUGCCAAACCACUUAUACAUGUGGAAAUAUUCAAAUGGUCAAUUUGCAAUGUGGAAAAGUUAUAAAGAAUUAGUGUCCCUAAUUAUGUUGCCACCACUGUACAUACUUACGUACAUGAAUAUUGUAUGGUUGCAAGGAGUAUUUAAUACCCCUUGGCAUGACCCCUUGGUAUGGUUGCAUACGAGAAUGAUAGAAUUGGUCGCUAUUGUAUGGUACUUAUCAGUUUUCCCUUUUAUUUUUUAUUCGGUUGUCUUCGCUUGCUUUGUCAAUUGUGUUUUGCCUGUCGAUAGACAAAAGUAUUCAUAUGCGGAAAUAUAGUAUUAAACACUUGGAUGUGAACAAUUCAGAAAUAAAAUGUCUGCAAAAGGAAACAACGGCAGUUACAAAGUGCUUAUGCAGUUGUGGUCAAAUGAAUUAACAAAUGAUGAUAAUCCCCCAGCGUUUUAUCUGAGCCGUCCGAAUAUACGCGCCGUCUACACUUCCAAUUAUGGCGAAACUACUGAUGAUGUACACUUAUUACACUUUAAAGAACCAAAGAGUACAGCAUAUCCUCUUGACUUGAAUAAGGGAUUCCAUCAAUUCAUUUUCCGCCAAAAAAGUAAACCAAGUCAAGAAUUGGCUAAAGUCCAAAAAUUUGUAUUGGAGAGCAAAGAUAAUGUGUUGAAACCAAAUGCCUCAAUCCCGGAUGCGGAGUUCCGAAAUGAACCGCAGGCAAAAUCAAAACGAAAAGUGGUGCUAGGCCAACGGGGAGUACUGACUCGUAUCAUGCUCGUUCCAUAUCGAUUGACCCCAUCGGAAUAUAACAGUUACACAUUUUCGGCUACCAGGUACUGUGGUAUUCUGCAUCUCACUGACGUUGAUUGGAGAGAUGAGCCGAACAAAAACGGCUCAUAUCACGGAAAGUUUGCCCAAUCCUGCUUUUCCGAUGAUCCCGAUCUGGACCCUAUUACCAGUGUGCCUGUGGAUGAGAACAACAUAACUUUCUGCGUUUAUCAUACUACAAUGAAAGAAUUUGAUUUGAUCUAUUCAGCAGAAAUCAAUGGUAUAAUUUCGGAUCACAAGAUCGCUGACAUUCAUAACAUGGAUGAAGUUAACAAAUGUAAAUUCAUUUUAACUAAACUGCUGUGGAACAAAGAACAAAGAGGAGACAUUCUUAAACAUCCAAAAUGCUUGUUGUGGUGGCUACAGUGCUAUUUGGCAAACACCAACGAUAUUUUCAUCGGACUGAAAGAUUCGGACGGUGUUGUGCGGGUUCCGGCACAGAUUCAGAAAGUAAAAGAUAUGCCAAAGAAUCAGCAUUGGAAACCGCACAUUUGUAUACGAUUUUUACAUACCCUUUUAGUUAAGAUGGAAGAAGUAAUGGCCAGCGUGAAUUGUCCCUACACGGUCUACAAAUUUGUGUAUGACUCUUAUUCAAGAUGUAUGAAAUUCAAAAUUUACAAAGGAAAGUCGGAAUACUCUUUCUUAUCUGAAAAAUAUAUAAAACAUUGCAAGGAAAAAACGAAGCACGAAUAAUUUUGUUUAAAAACUUCAAAGUUAUUUUUACAAUGCAUUUUAACAUGUUAUUACUAAUCUAGUUAAUGAGUAAACAACGUUUAUUCAUAUACGCAACAAUCUCAUUAUAAAUUUCAUAAUAUACUCUAUACAUAGUUAAAUGUUAAUUAAUAUACAUACAUAUUUACAUACGUAUAAGACUGUGUCAAAUAAGGACUAAUGUUUUUUUUUCUUUUGGUCCCAUAUCAUAACUUCGUUGUCGGUGCAGAAAAAUUUCAGUUAGCGCUCGCAAACAUAACUAUUUUUAAUGAAAAAUUCUUUUCCGCUACUUUUUUUAGUAAAAAUUAAAUAUAACAAAAAAACCUGUAGCCCAUUAAAUUCGGGUAUAAU